UGUAUUUACCGGUACCUACCUAUUAAAAAACAAUAACUUUUAAAGUAACUUAACAACAAUGCAUUAAAUUAUCGCUGUCGUUUUAUGAAUUUUUGUUUUAAAAAUCAGUAUAAAAGUUUAAUUUUUUUAUUUUCUAGUGUACUCUGUACACGUUUUAUUGGCUGUUGGAUUUAAAAACCUACCCAUUUCGUUUGCAAGACAAAUUGUAUUACUAAACAUGUUUGGUUUUAUUAAAAUACCAUUCAUAAAUUCUGAAAACAGAAACGACAGUCCAUUUUUAUGCAACCAGAUCAAACUACUCGGUCAUUGUAAAAAAACGUGUGGUAAUCGUCACGAAGUGUCCAAAGUUCUCGACAGUAAUUCGGUUAACAUUCCAAAUAGUUGUUUUGUCACUAUGAAACUAUUGAAAGUUAACUCAGCAUCUAACUUUUGUGGAAGAAUUUCCAAAUACAGCACUGUCAAUGAUCCGACCAAAGAAAGUCAUUGGGUCGAAAUGUGUAAUACCUUCAACGCCGUAAAAGAAGAUCUAAAACUCAUCGCUUCAGAUAGUAAAACUUUAUGUAGUCAUCCCAAAAUCGGGGACAUGGUUAUGGUCGAUCAAGAAGAACUGUACAGAGCGAUUGUUUUGGAUAUUAGCGGGUGGUUUUCUCAGAAACUCAGUGUCAAACUAAUCGAUACAGGAAGUGUAGCCGAAGUUCAUACCUCUAAAGUAUUUGUACUACCUAACCACCUGAAAGAUAUCUGUCCAGCAGUUUUUGAAGUAUGCAUGUCUUCCGUUAAACCUAUAGGUGCCGCAGACGAUUGGCCAGUUACCACGACGGCCCUAACUCGGAGUCUUUUGGAACCGGCUAUCUUAGAAGAAUUAGAGUUUAUCGGCAAAGUGGAAUUUGUGAUGGGCUCUACCUUAUGGAUUAGCUGGCUGUUGGUAAAAAAAUGUAAAAAAUGUUCUCAUUUUGCAUGCAAACUGUACAAUAACUCGAUAUUGCUGCCACGAGAAUUGAUCGACCGUAACUUAGCUGAAGUCAAUACCGAUCUCAUCGAUAACCUGAUAGGUUUGUGUAAAGCUGCCGAUAUGUGGCAAGAACAACCUUCAAAAACUAUCGUCAUAAAGAAAGCUUUAUUAUUUUCAACUGAAGAUAAAAUCACGACCAGCGAAAUAACGCAACCCCAAUGGGCUCACUUGUCCGACGGAGAAAUUUAUACAGUCGACAGAAAUUAUGUCGAACAUACAAAAUGCUUUCUAGUGCGCAACUGUAAAUUUAUCGAUAGAGUUAAGAUUCUAGAGGAAGAUAUAAAUAAGUUCAUCGAUGGAGAAAAAACAGAAAAAUUGACCGACGUCGCAGUGGGCACGGUUUGUUUAGCCAGAGCCCCCGAGGGUGAACAUUUCAAUCGUGUUCUAAUCAAAGAAGUAAACGAUCAAUACGCUACCGUGCUGUACCUGGACUACGGCGAUUUGUGUUUGAUCAGCAUUCACACUUUGUUAGCUAUACCUACGAAUUUGAUUUCUCAGUUGCCAUUUCAAGUAAUCGAAUGCGGUUUAAGUGGUUUUAAAAAUGUUUUUCAAAAUAACUCAGCCGACGAGGAAAUUAUCAAUCAUUUCUUAAGUAUCACUGAUAAUGAAAUAUAUUUAAAAGUCCUUUCUUAUUCAACAGAUUCGAAAUUGACCAACGGCAGCCAUUACGAAGUCGUAUUGUUUAAUAAAAAUCUAAACGUCAAUGUUGAAUUGGCCAAUGUUUUUCAAUAUUACAUCGACGACGUUCAAAUAAAAAAUAUUUUAGAUGCAGACUUCCAGUGUCCUGAGAGUAUAGAUGACGAGGACUACGAUGACGAUUACGAUGACGAUAUUGAUGCUCAAUGUCGUCUAUUGGAAAGUUUAUUUAAAACAUCCACUGAAGAAGCUAAAGAAAGCCCAAAAGACCUAGAACAACCGAUUUCGACGAAUAACGAGCAUACCCUUGUCAAUGGUUCGAAUAAAGAACAAGUAGUUAAAAAAAACGAUAUCAGCAUAAAUAAAUUUAAAUACUGCCAAAAAUGCAAUCAGACCCCGGUUGUUCCGCUGUGUUAUUGGCAUCAAGAUAAUAGCUGGAUAUAUUUUAAGCUCAACAUUCUGUCUGUGAACAAUUAUCAACUAGAUCAUACAAUCGAUUCGAUAUCGAUUACCGUUGAUACAAAUACUGUAACCUAUCGUCUUACAAUCGAGUUAUAUGCUUUUAUAAAGGAGGAUUUAUUCACUUGCAACAUAAGUUUCGACGGAAUUUGUAUAAAAGCACGAAAGUUAAUUGAAACACAUUACAAGUGGCCUCGCCUAACAAAAUGUCAGGAAAAACAUAAAUACCUUACUUACGACACCGAACAUGUGUCUGAACGUUUGAAUCGAAACUUGUGGGUCAAGAAAAUGAGCAACUAUAAAAUGAUGGCUAUUGGUCAGCCGUUAAACGUAUCAGACUCGUAUGCCAGCGAAGAAGAUUCGUCAGACAAUGAAGACUAUACAAUUUUCGAAGACUGACAAAUAUAUAAUAUAUAAGGUUCAAACUAAUAUUUUUCACUUAAGUGCUUCAAGUCAAUAUCGGUUGACUAAUUUUUACUUCUUUGUGUUUUUUUUUAUUAAACAGUUGUAUCUUAAGACUUAAUUUUUAAUCGAAAUUAUAGUUAUUUUUAAAGUAAGUUUUUAUAUACUAUUUUUGUUAUUUUGUUUUAAAAAAAUGGCUUUUUAAAAUCCUAAUUAAACUAUUCGAUUAUGAAAAGUUGAACUAUAAUAAAAA